CGCAUUUUUUCGCUCACAGGCUCACCAUCCCUCCCAGUUCCCUCCGCCAGCCGCCAAGUGCGGCGGCCCGCCGCCAAGCACCCCACCUGCACCCCGCCGCCACCUUCUCCCUUCCCGGAAGCUCCUCCAAUGGCCGGAGCUCGUGCCUACGCCGAUCUGUCCAUUUCCCAAAAUCCGGCGACGUCGGGAGCGCCGGGAGCGACCGAGGCGGCGCGACCUGUCCUACGCUUCCGUGAUCCGCCCACGCCCAUGUCCGCCGCCCACGACGCCGGCCUGCGCGCCCUCAACCUCCUCCCCUUCGCCCGCCUCGACCUCACCGUCUCCGGCGCCCCGCGGCCCGACCUCGUCGCCGAGCUCAUCGCCAACUACAAGUACACACCAUCCUGCGCCACAGGCUGGAGCUCCGUCGGCGGCAAGACAAUCGAGGUCUCCCUCGGUGCUCUCGCCGACGCGCUCCUCCUGCCGGGGAGGCCCACUUUCCGCCCCCCGCACGGCGUCCACCCCGCCGCCGUGGCCGCCGCCGCCGAGGAGUUCAUCAAGGUUUUCUUGCCGCCGCUGCCGGCGAUAGUGCGGUACGGCUGGGUGGAUAUCAAGUUGAGGGCUGUCCAGGAUGGACGGGCGCAUGAGGUCGACUGGACCGAGCUGUUCUGGGGCGAGGUCACCAUGGAGAUGAGACACCUCCUUGAGAACACCACCGCCUACAGGUACGGGGUGAUCCACUACGGUGCCUACCUCCAGAUGCUCAUCUGGUCCCAGAGGCCGGAGCUCCUCCGGCCGUCCAUGGUGGCAGAUGCGCCACCCCACAAGAAACAAGGAAGCAGCAAUGGAUCACCAGUACUCAAGGAGAACCGAAAUCGUUGCUGCUUCGAGCCCAACAUGCCAAAGAAUAAUAUGAUGAGCUCCAAUCUGUUUGACGUUGCAUCCAAGAAGAUUGAUUCCGCAUCCGCGAUCAUCGACGCAGCAGCUAAGAAGUUUGGUUCGGCGUCUAACAUGAUGGAUGCCACGUCCAAGAAGAUUGAAUCCGCAUCCGAUGCGGCGUCUAAGAAGCUUGAUAUGGCAACCAAGAUGAUGGAUGCAACGUCCAAGAAGAUUGAUGAGAAGCUUGAUGUGGCAACUAAGCUGAUGGAUGCCACAUCCAAGAAGAUUGAUUUGGCAUCCGAGAGGCUUGAUGACAAGUUUGAUGUGGCGACCAACAUGAUCACCGCCACAUCCAACAAGAUCGAUGUGGCAUACCAGAGGCUUGAUGACAGGUUUGAUGUGGCGACCAAGAUGAUGUACGCGGCGUCUCAGAUGAUGGAAGCCACAUCCAGGAAGCUUGACGCAAGAGCGAAACAACUUGACGAGAAAGAAGACGACAUACAAGCAAUUGAGUCGCUCAACCAAGCACUGCUUACAAAGGAAAGACAAAGCAAUGACGAGUUGCAACGUGCUCGGAAGAAGCUCAUUGAGGGUUUGCCCAAAUUUACAAAUGCGCGGGAAAAUAUAGCUAUCAAAAGGAUGGGCGAGCUUGACCCUACAGCGUUCGCGAAUGCUUAUAGGACAAAUAAACCACGUGCGGAUACACAAACUAACUCGGCUAUUCUUUGCUCAAAAUGGCAAGCGCAAAUUGCAAACUCCAAGUGGCAUCCUUUUAGGAUAGUCACGGUGGAUGGUAAACCGACGGAAAUUCUCAUGGAUGAUGACAAGAAGCUCCAGAAGUUGAAAAAAGAGCACGGCGACGAAAUCUAUGCGUUGGUGACAAAGGCUCUGCUUGAGAUCAAUGAGUACAACCCCAGUGGACGCUACCCUGUGCAGGAGCUCUGGAACUGCAAGGAAGACCGCAAAGCGACACUGGAAGAGGCCAUCCAGUUUGUGCUGAAUCAGUCGCAGUCACACAAGAGGAAGCGCCGAUCUGCAGGCUGGGGGGAUUUGUCCUGAUUUUGCUAGUGGAUUAGUUUCAGGUAUGUGUAGUGAUUUUGGUUGGGAUUAUGGGAUGGAUGAUGAUACUGAUCUAUGAAAUGCUACUAAUCUAUGAAAUGUAUGUGAUGUACUAUUAU